GCGACGAGCUCCCGUCGUCAGUAUCGCGUAGCGCCUCCGCCGUCAUCGACGAGUUCGCAAUCGGAGCCCGAGAUUUAAGCGCCGACGAGCUGGUAAGACAAAGACCUCCAGGGUGAAAGACCGGCUGAGCUCGUGGUAGCGCGCGAUAUCGAGUAAGCCAAGGGCACCCAGCAGCCCGUGAGAAGCUUGGCAGGCUAUGGGCAGGAGGGGGCAAACUCUCGGCAUCCGGUUGGUCCAGGUACUGGCAAUACCGACCCUCUACUGCUUGUUUUCGGGCCUCGCGGCUCUCGUGCCUGGAGACACGAGCGCUGGAUUAAGCGGCGAGCCGAGUUUUAUCAGUAAGUUCCGGGGAGCCGAAGACCGCCAAUUCUUCUCGAAAUAUUUGGAAUUUCAAGGUACCUCGAGGAAGCUACUGCAGGUGAACGAUACGAAUACGCCGGUGCUCGAUCUCCCAAGAAACUGCACUCCACCCUCGAUCCACGAGUUCCCGAGCGAUGGAUUUACACGUGAACAGCGUCAAAAUGGCUACAUUAUCAUACAUUUCAUCACAGCCAUUUACUCCUUCUUUCUGUUGGCCAUCGUCUGCGACGAUUUCUUCGUCCCAUCGAUCACGAAGAUAUGCGAGAGAAUCGGCGUGUCGAAGGACGUGGCAGGCGCCACUUUCAUGGCCGCGGCCUCCUCGAGCCCCGAGCUCUUCAUCAACAUCGUCGGGACCUUCGUUACCGAGGGCGACCUGGGAGUCGGCACUAUCGUCGGCUCCGCUGUAUUCAAUAUACUCGCGGUGCCGGCUUUAUGCGGCCUCUUCGCCAGCCAAGCAUUAUCUUUGGAUUGGUGGCCCGUAAGUCGAGAUUCCUUGGCCUAUGGAGUAACUGUUCUUCUUCUUAUUUUCACGUUAUAUGAUGGUCGUAUCGAGUGGUAUGAAGCAUUCCUACUCGUUGUAACCUAUAUAUUGUAUAUAUUGGCUAUGUUCUUCAAUACACGUAUAAUCAGUUGCCUGAGUAUCUUUAGCUCGAAGCGGCGAAGGAAAUAUAAGAACCUCAAUGAGGAUUGUCCACUCAUAGGAAAGGACAAAUUCCACAAUUCAUUCAUUCAAUCUAAGUCGAACAAUAACUUUUUCACGAAUACCAAAGUCAAAGAUAUGCUUUACGAAACUGAAAAUUGCAGUAAAAUAGUGAAUGUCGAAAAUUUUGAAGAGAGCUCGGAUUUCGUGGAAAUCGUUAAUAUGACGAGUUGGCCAAAUAAUGGUUUCGAAAGAUGCUGGUGGAUCCUCACGUGGCCCAUCAAUGCGAUCCUUCUGAUUACAAUUCCCGAUUGUAGACGUCCGGUACUAAGAAAAUGGUACCCUUUAACCUUUCUUAUGUGUAUUGUUUGGAUAGCUGUCAUGUCGUAUUUGGUUGGCUGGAACAUUACAGUUAUUGGUGACACUUUAACUAUCCCCGACUCUGUAAUGGGAUUAACUUUUCUUGCUGCUGGAAUGAGCGUACCGGAAGGAGUUUCAAGCGUAAUUGUUACGAAUCAAGGUCAUGGUACUAUGGGAAUCAGCAACUCCAUCGGCUCGAAUGUAUUCGAUGUGCUGCUUUGUCUCGGUCUGCCCUGGUUCGUCAAGGCCGCCUUCUACCCCUCCGUCUCCGAUCAGCAUUUCGUUAAAAUCAACUCCGAGGGCCUAAUCUACAGCUCGGUAUCCCUCAUGUCGACCCUGUUGAUCCUCUACGGCGUCCUCGCCCUCAACCGCUUCAAAUUGGACCGUAAAGUCGGCAUCAUCUGCCUCAGCAUCUACUCCAUCUUUCUUAUAUUGGCCUCCCUGAUCGAGCUCAACGUCUUCUUCGUCGUCAAUCGUCCCACUUGUCCUCACUAAUGGAUUAUAUUGUUGCGCAAGGACGAAGAGAAGCUGCUGUUGUACAUUUUCAUUAUAUUAAAUGAGAACUAUCGUGGAAGAUUAUUGCGAGCUUGGUUUAUUGGCAAUAAGACCAGCUAUUGCGUUGGAAGAAUUUUUGAAUUUUUCAAUUUAUGUGAAUGAAUAAGGAAUGGCCGACAGUCACGGAUCGCGUGAUAAUUCAUUUGUCACUGUAGAUUCGAAAGCUAAGAAUAAUAACAAGUUAUUCGCGCAGGAAAAUAUUAAUUAUGUUAUUUGCUCAUUAAUACAUCGAAUGUUUGAAACUAUAAUCGACGAUAUUUAAGAUCAAAAGUUUUUUCUCUCAUAAUCCAUAUUAAGCUGAAAAUCUCUUG